AUGAAUCCUGGUUAUGCUGGUCGACAAGAAUUACCAGAAAACUUAAAAAUUAAUUUUCGUAGUGUUGCAAUGAUGGUACCUGAUCGACAAAUAAUUAUGCGAGUUAAAUUAGCUAGUGGUGGAUUUUUAGAUAAUAUAAAUCUUGCACAAAAAUUUUUUGUACUUUACAAAUGCUGUGAAGAUCAAUUGAGUAAACAAGUUCAUUAUGAUUAUGGUUUACGAAAUAUAACUGCUGUUCUUCGAACACUUGGAAGUGUUAAACGUGUUCGAACAAAAGAUCCUGAAGAUACAAUUGUAAUGCGUGUAUUACGUGAUAUGAAUAUGUCGAAAUUAAUUGAUGAAGAUGAACAAUUAUUUUUAUCCUUAUUAGAAGAUCUUUUUCCUGGUAUUAAGUUAGAUAAAGAAAAAUAUGAUGAUUUACAAAAAGCUAUUAAGAAAAAAGUUGAUGAAGAAGGUUUAAUUAAUUAUAAUGAUUGGAAUUUAAAGAUUAUACAAUUAUAUGAAACACAACGUGUUCGACAUGGUAUUAUGAUACUUGGACCUUCAGGAGCUGGCAAAACAAAAGCAUGUCAAGUUUUAAUGGGUAAAUUAGCAAGAAAUUUCUAUCCGAAAGUAUAUGAUCUUAUUUAUUUAGGAGCGUUAACAAAUUUAGGUACACAUACGCGUGAUUAUCGAAUGAAUCCAAAAUCAAUUACAGCAUCUCAAAUGUUUGGUAUUCUUGAUGUUGCAACAAAUGAUUGGACAGAUGGAAUAUUUUCUACACUUUGGCGUCGUACUUUAAAAGUUUAUGAAAUAUCAACAAAAUCAGGAAUUCAAGAAUCAUGGUGGAUUAUACUCGAUGGUCCUGUUGAUGCUAUAUGGAUAGAAAAUCUUAAUUCUGUUUUAGAUGAUAAUAAAUUAUUAACAUUAGCAAAUGGUGAUCGUAUACCCAUGGCACCGAAUGUUAAACUUAUUUUCGAAGUACAUAAUAUUGAUAAUGCAUCACCAGCAACUGUAUCACGUUGUGGAAUGAUAUUUAUGUCAUCAACUGUUCUUCCUUGGAGACCUAUAUGUCAAGCAUGGAUAAAUAAACAAAUAAAAACUAUUGGUAUCUAUAUAUUCGAAAUACUUGAGAAACAUUUUGAUGAAUUAUAUAAAUUACUUAUUACAAAAUGCUUACCAAAAAUGAAAGUUUAUGAAUGUAAUUAUAUUAAACAAAUUAUUGAUUUAUUAGAUGGAUUAUUGAAUAAAGAUAUUGAAUAUACAAAAGUUUAUUUAGAAAGAUUAACGAUAUUUUCACUGAUGUGGAGUAUGGGUGCAUUAUUAGAAUUAAAUGAUCGAACAAAACUAGAACAACAUUUUAUAAAUCGUGGUGAUUGUGAUAUUCCAAAGAAUAUAAUACAAGGCGAUUCAUUAUUUGAUUAUUUAGUCAAUGAUGAUGGUCAAUGGGGUAAAGAAGAAGGGCGCAUAAGAGUAGAAAUCGGCCCAUUUUUAAAUUUUGCCGUGGUAUUCCUGGUCACAUAAUUCUUGAACCUAACUAAAUUUACAUGGUGGGCCGAUUUUCAGUCUUAUACGCCCCCGUUCUU